UGUCCUCACUGAAGAAGAGCUCCAGUCGGGGAUCUGCCUCCUGCAUCUUUUAGUAGCUGGCUGACAACAGCAAGAGGAAAAUAACAAACACAUGUCGUAACCAAAAAAUGGUGAAGCAUUAGCAUAAGACUCGGGCGAGAGUUUGUUUUUUUCUGGCUGAGGUUAAGAAUGGCAGACAGAAAAAGAAAACCAGCAGCUUCCAUCAAACCCAUCACCAAGAAAGAAAAGGUCGAGCUAAAGAAAAAGGAGCAAGAGAAGGCAGCUGAGGUUUUUGAAGAAUUCGUAGCAUCUUUUGAAACCAGCGAAAAAAGCAAAGUGAAGACUUUCGUACGUGGGGGAAUUGUAAAUGCAACUAAAGAGGAGGAAGAAGCGGAGAUCAAGAAAAGUAAGCUGUACCGACCCUCCACAAAGUUUGUCCCCGUGUCUCAGCAUGGCUCGCCAACGUCGUCGUCUGAAAGCAAAAGGGCUGCUUUCAAAAAAAAGGCAGAUGAAAAGAAGAAGAGUAAUCUUGAACUUUUCAAGGAGGAACUUAAGCUAAUACAGGAGGAACGAGAGGAAAGACAUAAAAGGAAGAGAGGUGACCCUGAGGUUGGAGGAGAAGGGGCAGGACUCGCAGAUCUGGACGUCCCAAUAGCGGGACGGUCAAUGCUGUACGACGACCUGAGCGGCCCGGUCACCACUAACCUCUAUAUUAACUGCAUUAGCCCAAAGAUGAACGAAGAGCUCCUCUGCAGAGAGUUUUGUAAAUACGGCCCCUUGGCCAGUGUGAAGAUCAUGUGGCCGCGAACGGACGAGGAGCGCUGCAGGACUUCAAACAGAGCUUUUGUGGCUUUCAUGACUCGGAAAGAUGCAGAGAGAGCCAUGGCUGCUCUUGAUGGUAAAGUGAUUAUGGGCUUCGAAAUGAAGCUAGGAUGGGGCAAACCAGCCCGUAUCCCGCCUCAGCCUCUGUACACGCCGGCUGGGGUGAGAAUGGCACCUCCUCCCCCGUCUGGUCUCCCUUUCAACGCUCAGCCGAGGGACCGCUUCCGCAACGACUUCACAAAGCCGCUGGGCUCGUCCAAAGCGGAGCUGGACAAGACUCUGUCCGAAGCCGUAGUCAAAGUGGUUAUCCCAACCGAAAGGAAUCUGUUAUUCCUCAUUCACAGGAUGAUAGAGUUUGUGGUGCGUGAAGGCCCUCUGUUUGAAGCAAUGAUUAUGAACAAAGAAAAAAACAAUCCAGAUUACAGGUUUCUUUUUGACAACAAAAGCCAAGAUCACGUGUAUUACCGCUGGAAACUGUUCUCCAUCCUCCAGGGCGAGUCCCCAACAAAGUGGAGGACGGCCGAGUUUCGGCUGUUCAGAGGAGGCUCGCUGUGGAGGCCGCCCAUCCUCAACAGCUACACGGAGCGGUGCGACGAGGGCGCCGGGGUGGAGGAGGCAGCUCCCCCCGCGGAGGAGGAGGUGAAGAAGGGCCAGCUCAGAUCCGAGCACCGACAGAGACUGGAGGCUCUUCUGGAGGAGCUCAGCCCCAGCAGAGAGGAGAUCGCCAGAGCCAUGCUGUUCUGUCUGGAUCGGGCGGAUGCCGCAGAGGAAGUAGUGGGACACAUUUCUGACUCUUUCUGUCCGCUUCAGGUUCCCCUCCAGAAGAAGCUUGCUAGAAUAUAUCUCGUGUCGGACAUCUUGCACAACUCGUGUGCCAAAGUAGCCGGGGCAUCGUAUUACCGCAAAUACUUCGAAGCGAAGUUGCCGCAGAUAUUUGAUCAUCUGCACGCGGCGCAGAGAAACAUACAAGCCCGACUGCAGGCCGAACAGUUCAAGCAAAAGGUCAUGGGCUGUUUCCGAGCGUGGGAGGACUGGGCCAUAUAUCCCCAACCUUAUCUAAUCCAGCUUCAGAACAUCUUUCUGGGCUUCGCCAAAGCAGGAGAGGAGGACGCGGAGAUGGCCGAGGAGGUGCCUUGCGAGAUUGAUGGUGCGCCGCUGGACAGCACGCUUAUAGAUGGGCUCCCUAUGGGAAAAGCGGCGGUGGAUGACAUAGACGGUUGCCCCCUGGGCUGGGACCCCCUCAAUGGAGUCCCUGUUGACGACAUCGAUGGUAUGCCCUUAAGCGCUGCUAUCGAUGACAUCGACGGAGUACCCUUGGAUGAAAGUAAUCUUCCACUCUCCAGAGUGCCUCUGUCUAAAUGGGAAAAGAUCGGCGACACUGUCCAGACUGACUCAAAGUGGGAUACUUUAAAGGAGGAGGAGGGUGAACGUAAGGUUAAUACGAGCUGUAACCUACAGGACGAAGACUCGGACUCGGACAGCAGUGCUGAUUCCUGCAGGUCGCCGAACUACGAGGGUCCAGUCUUCUCCCAAAUGUCGGAGAGUAAAAGAAAAAGGCUGAGGGAGGUGGAAGUAAAGGUUAUGAAGCUCCAGGAUGAGCUGGAAUCUGGGAAAACCAAGAGGAAGUCUGGGAUGAGCAUACAGCAACAAGUGGAGAGCUACAGAAAAAAGCUGCUGCAGAAGGAGUUUCACAAAGAUGAAGAAAAGAGCGAGAGGUCAAAGUCUAAAGACAGACAGAGGGACGACAGGAGACACAGAGACAAGAGCAAAAAGAACGAGGAGGGAGACAGAAGGCAGAGCGGUAAUCCUGGAGAGAAGCCUCGGAGUUCAAGGAGCAUCUCUCCUUCAAGAACGAAGUCUCCGAAGCGGUCCAAACGCUCCAGAUCGCCGUCUCCAGUCCAGAAGGCAGGCAAAUCCAAGUCCCGGUCCCCACAUCGCUCCCACAAGAAGGCGAAGAAGAGCAAACACUAAGUUGAUUCAGGACCCGUCGGCUGCUGUUCUCUUUGGUUCCACCUCAAACAAUCCAUACCAGACUCGGCACCUUUUUUUCUAUCGUCAAGUUUCUCCACUGUAACUACUUAUAUAUAUAUAUUUUGUUUUUAAAGUUCUGAGAUGUCGCCGCAAAGUUCUGACUAAAUAAAUCACCGUUGGUGAUGAACGCUUCUGUGGACGACCUUUCCUGAACUCCACAGUGUGACUGGAGGGGG